AUGCUUUUUACAUGCGUGUGUCUAUGUUUGAGAAAAAUACAGACAAAUCCUGAUAGAACUGAGAAAGAAAACACACCUUCAUUCGUAGAUGCCAUCACUGAUAAUUACACUUUAUUAGAUUUAAAUCUGAUCAAUGAAGAAUUAGAAUAUUCAACAACAACGAUGUCAUCAACACAUCGUGAUUUUGCAUUUAUCAGAUGCUCAGUUACACUUUAUGGAGAUACAAAUUUUAUUUCUAAUUAUGCUUUUGGCCAAAGUCCUUCAUCUGGUCUUGGUGGAGCAAUAUUUUUAAGUCAAUCGGUCCUAGUUUUCUAUGGAAGCGGAAGCACUCAUAAUUUUUCCAUGAAUAUAGCUUCAGUUGGUGGAGCUAUAUGCUCAAUUGCAUCAUCCAUUUCACUUGAAUGCACAACAUUUCAAAGUAAUAUAGCUUACAAAUACGGAGGAGGUAUAUAUUUCCAAGGUGCCUUUCUGAAAGAUAAUGAUUAUAAUUAUCUUUCUCCUUCAGUCACUCUUAUAGGUUAUAAUAACGUAUUCAAUUCAAACAGCGCAUGCGAAAUAGGAGGAGCUAUAGCCUUCUCUUUUGGCCUUCAGAUCUAUCUUGAAAAAAUUAUUUUUGCAAUGAACAAAUGUUGUUUCUCAGGAGGUGCUGUUUUUUGCUCAGGAGUUGAUGAUAUUAAGUUUGUCUACUGUACAUUUAUUAAGAACAUUGUAAAUGCAGAGAAUACAAACAUAAUGAGCUAUCCAAUGAAAUUAAGAUAUGAAGAAUCAUCUACAACAUUUUCGAAUGGUGGUUUUGUAAGAGAAUUGCCAUCGAGGUUUAAAGCUCGUGGAGGUGGUGCUAUAUGCUUUAUUUCUGAUGCAAAGAAGAACUUGGGUUUGCCAACAACAGAAACAACAAAGGAGCAGAGAUAUUUAGAAACAAAUGGAUGCUGCUUUAACAAAGAUUCUUCUACAUACACCGCGGUUACAUUUGGAAAUGGUGCAGGACAUGAGAUUCUGUUAGAAGGAUAUGCAAAAUGGAAAUCAUACAUGGAUAGAAUGAAUGGAAUUGACAAGAAUCUUAUUCAUUAUGGAUUUGCUAAUCAAUAUGUAUCUCGUUCAUUGUCAAGUAUUUGGGAUGGAAAUGCAUCAGAUUGGGUAAUAUUUGAUUAUCAAGGAGCCGCAAACAGUUCGGAAAUUUGUUAUCCUACAUCAAUUACAUUAAAUAACUCUGAUCCCGAUCUCCCAGAUGAAACUACAAUUUCAUAUGCAGAAAUUAGCAAUGAAGGUAAUGAUGCGGCAACAUCUUCUGUACCAGAUCCAACAUCAUACACAUAUGUUGCGACACCAAUUACAAGGUUACCACAGGCAACAACGCAGAGUGCAAGCUUAUAUUCUAUAGCCACACGUAAUAUUGGAACAGAUACCACUUUCGAUUUUAAUAACUUGUUCAAUCCAGGAUCUACAGGAAAUGGUAGUCCAUCAACGCCAGAACAUUAUCCAGGAUUGACAGCAAUUCCAAAUUUAGGAUUUAGAACAUUAGUUGCAACUCCAUCCAGAACCGCAAAGGAAACACCUUAUGAAACAAUAUUUUCAACAGCUCAUUCAACACCUUAUGAAACAAUAUAUUCAACAGCCCAUUCAACACCAGUCAUAACUCAUUUCUCAACUGUUGAAACAACACCAUCUGUUUCGGUUAUUGCUGAGAGAACAGUUCUACAAACUCCAAACAGUCUAUUAUCUUCGAAAGCUGGAAAAACAUAUUCUUCAACAAAUACAUUGAUCGUUAUUGAAAUUUCAUCAAUGACUAAUCUUUCAGCGG